AGCACGUUAGGAUGCGUCGGUGCCCUCACUUAGUCCUUUAGCUGCUGGAGGUCGUUUGAGUCGCAUUAUCGUGGAGAUCGGCUGAGAUGUUGUCCCGUGUCGCCAGGCCUGUUGCUACUGCCGCUGGACUCAGCAGGAGUUUCUCCGGCUCCUCUCAGAGCAAUGCCAAGGUAGCAGUGUUGGGUGCAUCGGGUGGCAUUGGGCAGCCCCUCUCUCUGCUACUGAAGAACAGUCCACUUGUAGGUGAACUCUCACUGUAUGAUAUUGCACACACACCUGGUGUUGCAGCAGAUCUCGGCCACAUUGAAACCAGGGCAAAAGUAACUGGUUAUUUGGGUGCCGAACAGUUGCCCGCUGCCUUAAAAGGAUGCGAAAUGGUGGUUAUUCCUGCCGGAGUGCCGAGGAAACCUGGUAUGACACGAGAUGAUCUCUUCACCACAAAUGCUUCAAUAGUUGCAGAUCUAACUGAGGCCUGUGCCCGACAUUGUCCAGAGGCAAUGAUCUGUGUCAUCUCCAACCCUGUAAACUCCACAAUACCAAUCGCAACAGAAAUUUUCAAGAAACUUGGAGUAUACAACCCUAACAAAAUCUUUGGUGUGUCCACUUUGGAUGUGGUCAGAGCCAACACUUUUGUUGCUGAGCUUAAGGGCCUUGACCCUGCACGAGUAUCUGUUCCAGUGAUUGGUGGCCAUGCUGGAAAGACUAUCAUCCCUUUGAUCUCUCAAUGCAAUCCUAAAGUGGAAAUCCCUCAGGAUAAAUUGCAAGCCUUGACAGAAAGAAUCCAAGAGGCUGGUACAGAGGUGGUCAAAGCCAAGGCUGGAGCAGGUUCUGCCACUCUGUCUAUGGCUUAUGCUGGUGCCAGAUUUGCCUUCUCACUCAUGGAUGCUAUGAAUGGUAAAGAAGGUGUAGUGGAAUGUGCAUUUGUCCGCUCUGAAGAAACUGAAUCUCCAUACUUCUCUACACCUUUACUACUUGGGAAAAAUGGCAUAGAGAAGAAUCUUGGGCUAGGUAAACUAUCUGCUUUUGAAGAAAAGCUUGUCGCAGAAGCUAUGAGUGAACUGAAGGCUUCCAUAAAGAAAGGAGAGGACUUUGUGAAGAACAGGAAGUAGAUAAUUGUAUUGAUAUGUACAGAAUGGAAAUGCUCCAGUGUGUUGCAAACCACCCAACACUAGUGGCUGUAUAGUGUUGGCUGCUGCUAUGUCUGUGUUUGCUAUCAAUUUUUAAACUUCUAUUUUGUCACAGCUGGUCUAAGAUGGUUAAAAUACAAAUACCACUUCUCAAACAUUGUGGUUUUUUAAACUUCUAAAGAUUAACCUAAUGCCAUGUAUUUCAUUUUAAGUAAAAGCAAAUAAAGUACACCUGCAGAGAACUUCUGAAGUUGGAAUACAA